UGAUUAAUCACUCAACUUAAUGCUGUUUUCGAAUAGCGAAAGCUGGUCAUUAUUUGUUGGAAAAGUAAGGUGAUUUCGUAAAAGAGAACUGCCUUUUUCUUGAAGUUUAUCCCUCUGUGAAGGAAAAACUUUGGCAUAGUCGGCUCUCUACUUGUAAUUAAGAAUUUUUUUAAGCUGUUGUUUCACUAAUAUGUGAAAUUUCAUGAUUUGUCACAGGAUCUUCAAUGGGCUCCUCGAAGGUUUUAAUUUCUCCAAAAGUGAUCAGUUUAUUAAGCUUGUUUAUGGUCUUGAGCAUCAUCGGUGCCGCAGAAGCACGACCUCCACCAGUAACGGAAGCAACGCUUCAUCAGAUAGCUGCUUCUUUGCAAAUGUACGUGGAUGAACUUCCACAAAUUCCUAAGCUACUGGGCUGCACCCCUAGUUACGGUGCACCAAAACCAGGAAAACUGACUAUUGGAAUGUACAAAACCACUUGGAAAUUUCAUCGUGAUUUUCCCCCAACAACUGUCUUUGCUUAUGGAACAUCGGCAGCAACAGCAACGGUUCCAGGUCCACAAAUAGAGGCCAUCCAAGGAGUACCAACUUAUGUCACCUGGCUAAAUUAUCUACCUGAUCAUCACAUACUUCCCUGGGAUCCUACGAUCGCGACUGCCAUACCCAAAAAUGGAGGUGUCCCUACCGUGGUCCAUCUUCACGGAGGAAUCCACCCACCGCAAAGCGACGGCAACGCUCUAGCAUGGUUUACGGCCAAUUUUCGCGAGAACGGACCCAAAUGGACCCAAUCAACAUACAUGUACCCUAACGUACAACAUGCUGGAAAUUUAUGGUACCAUGAUCAUGCCCUUGGUUUAACUCGUGUUAACCUCCUAGCCGGCCUAAUUGCACCUUUUGUUAUCAAGGAUCCAGCCUUAGAAGCUAAAUUAAACCUUCCUUCCGGCCCUGAAUUCGACCGACAUCUCAUGAUCUUCGAUCGUAGCUUCUACAUGGACGGAUCAUUGUACAUGAAUUACACUGGUGACAAUCCUACAAUCCACCCCCAGUGGCAACCAGAAUACUUUGGUGAUGCAAUGAUUGUUAAUGGUAAGGCGUGGCCGUGCCUCAAGGUACAACCGAGAAAGUAUAGAUUUCGGAUAAUCAACACCUCCAAUGCCAGAUAUCUCAGUCUCUCCUUGACAAAUGGCCUCGAAUUUAUCAUUGUCGGCUCCGAUACAUCAUAUCUUCCAUCUCCUGUGACCUCAUCGAACAUUCUCAUAGCACCAGCUGAGAUUUUUGAUGUUGUGGUUGACUUUUCAUUGGCAAAGGCUAGCGAAAUCAUGUUGACUAAUGAUGCUCCUUACCCCUAUCCCAACGGUACUUCUCCGGAUCAACUUACUAGCAAGGUUAUGAAGUUUAUUAUCAAGCCAGAGGCUCCAGUUCCUUAUGAUAAAUCAAGUGUUCCACAAGGUCUAAAAACUUAUGCUACCAGUUCAAUCACUGAAGCAACAACUAAGAGGUACAUAGUCAUGUAUGAGUACCAGAGCUCCACAGGGAACCCUACACACCUAUUAAUAAAUGGCAAGAGAUUAGUAGACCCUGCGACAGAAACACCAAAAUCUGGAAGUACUGAGGUGUGGGAGGUGAUAAACUUGACUGGGGAUAAUCAUCCUCUGCAUCUUCAUUUGGCUGAGUUUCAAGCAAUUAAAGUACAGCAAUUGGUGGAUUUGGCUGGAUUUACAACAUGCAUGAAGGUGAAAAAUGAUGCUAUUGCCUGCAAUGUGACAUCCCAUGCCACAGGAAGUUUGCUGGAUAUUCCAGCGUAUGAGAAAACAUGGAAAAAUGUGGUCAAGAUUGAACCUGGCUACCAAACUACGGUGGUGGUUAAGUUUAAUCUGGUGGAAAAUGACGUACCUUAUCCUUUUGAUGCCACUGUAGAACCCAAUUAUCUGUACCAUUGCCAUAUUCUUGAUCAUGAAGAUAAUGAGAUGAUUCGCCCACUGAAGCUAGUGAAAUAAAAAGAUCUUUCUGACAAAUGAUAGCUUGUGAUGAUUUGGAUUGUAAAAGAACCGAGUUCUUAACGAACAGUUUGAUCUCAAAUCGUUAGGGACAUGAUUAGUUAAAUAAUAAAUUUUUUUUUUGUUGAAUAUGUGAUGUUAUAAUUGUGUCAUAAUUUUGUGCAAUAUGGAAUAUAAAGUAGGGUUGUAAUUGAAUCGAACUGCUCGUGAGCAGGGUCAAAAACUCGACUCGGACUCGAGUUAAUCGAAUUUGAGUCGAGUUCUAGUAACUCAAUAAGUCUA